AGAAGCAGCGGCCGCGGAGGAGAGAGGCAGAAAAACGGAAAAAAUAUCCCCCCUUAAAAGAAUCAUCGUCUGACAGCCAGAGUGUCGUUUUUGGGGAAAAGAGAACGCUGUUUCUCUGCGGUAAACCAAAAAAAACAUAACAAGCUCAAUAAGCGAUGUUUAUUGGCGUCUGAAUCGGGUUGGAUCGUGAAAUGGUCGAAGUUUAGCUGUCAACAAGAGAGUUCGACAUAUUUUAAAACAUUUCGCGUCUCGUUACAUUUUUUUUCUUUCGUUGCUUGACAAACCCGAGGGGGAAAUAUCCGUGAUAAUCUCAGCUCGUUUGUUCGUGCAUUCGUGUUUGUGUCGAUAUAUGUAUUAAUCGCGAUAAUUAAACAGUAAAGUUAAAAGAGAAGAAAAAAAGGGAGAAAAUUCGAAAAAUGGGGGAUGGAAAAGAGGACGAGCGGCAACCGCUUCUGAAAAGUGACAAUGUCACUUACAGCUCACAAACAACAGACGUCAUUGAUGGAAAUGAAACUAAUGUAAAUACUGUCUCGCCUAUUGGCCCGGAUGAACUGCCGCCGCCUUUUCAAGCGGCUAAUCCAAAUGGACAUCCAAUGGUUACUUGCAGAGUUUGUCAGGCGAUGAUUGACAUAACGAGCAAAAAAGAUCAACACGUUGUCAAGUGUGGACAAUGUAAUGAGGCUACGCCGAUAAGGAAUGCUCCACCGGGCAAAAAAUAUGUCAGAUGCCCAUGCAACUGUCUCCUGAUUUGCAAAAGCUCAUCGCAGCGUAUCGCUUGCCCGAGACCAAAUUGCAAGAGAAUAAUCAACCUUGCGCCGAGCCCGGUAACUCCGCCAGUUCUUUCGAUGCCUGGCAUGUGCAGAGUUUGCUGCGCCCACUGUCAUGACACAUUUUUAUUUAAUACUCUGAAUAACGCAUUGGCAAGAUGUCCCCAUUGCCGCAAAGUUUCAUCCGUUGGACCGGAUUUUGCUAAAGGUCGCUGCAUUGCGUUCAUCAUUUCCGGAAUCAUUGCCCUCAUUGUCGGGAUCGCUGUCACAGUCGGCACGUACACCCUCGUGGGAACGAACGGUGGAAUAUACGUCGCGUAUGUGGGUGCCUUCCUCGUCGCCCUUCUGUGUCUCGGCCGAAGCGUCUAUUAUUGUACAAUGAAAAUAAGUUUGAUCGAAGGUCCUAUGUAGUGAGUUUUUGGUUACGCUGUGACAAAAACUGAAAAAGAACCGAGCAGCGAAAUGAAGAGAGCAAAAAAAAACAUUAAGGAAGAGCUGCAGCAGCAGCAACAGCAAAAAUCUCUUGACGCUGAUUUCAGAGCACGGAGAAUAUUUCAUUUUAACGUAAAUGUCAUCAUAUAAUCAAUUACGAAUUACCAAAUGAAUGAGAGAAAGAGAAAGCUAAAAGCGCGAUAGAAACUCUAAGUUCAUUCACACUUAUUAACAUUUCUCAUGCGUCUGAAUUUUUUUGUUCUUUCAUCGUGCGCGCCUUCUUUCGCUAACCAGCGAUCAAAGUGAGGUUAUGACGCUUUUUUAGACCGCGCUCGGAUUAAAACGAGAAAAACAAAAAUUUGAUAAAACGAGAGAAAUAGCACGUACUACAAAUUUCUUUUACGGAAUGAUAUAUUAUUCCUGUUUCGUUUUUUCAUUUUUUUUAAAUUGGCUAUUGUUGCAUUGAGAAUCAUGGCGUCAAUCGAGAAUUGGACACAACGAUCGGAUAUUCAUUCCACAAUUGUGUAAUAUUAUUAUUAUUAUUAUAAAUAUUAUUAUAUUAUUGUUGCCUGUGGAACGAACAAAAGCACGAUUUAUCCAGUUUUUUUUUUCUUUUUUUUUUUACUAUUUCACUUUAAAGAUCCCGCCUGUACGUAAGACACAGUGCAUUGGAACAUGCUAUUACAAACAUAAACCUAUAAAUAUAUAUAAUAACCUGUGCGUAACUCUGGAAAUAUUACGACUACAAAGUGAAAAUACAUUAUUACAUGAAAUAAAUCGUUUCGAUUGACGAAUAUUCGAUAAUUUUUCCAAUGGUUUUCUUUCAACAGACUUUCUCUUGGUACUAAUUCCGUGUUGGAGUGAUUAUUUUUCUAUGGGAUAUUCCAUGCCAACAUAACCUAUGUAGGGUGCUACGAACUGACAUUUCUGAUAUUGGGAUCUAAUUUUGGUAACUUUUAUACUGAAUAAGCGAGGCUCAUGAGCCGUUCUCGAAAUAGGAAUUUUUUAAAUUUGUCCGGGCAAUUUUGAAAUCCCGAAAAAUAGUACGACGAUUUGACAAUUGGGCGAAACAAAAAUAAUAACGGAUAACGGUUGAUACCAUCACAUACAUACGGAUUAGCUCCUAGACUAACUGACCAAAAAUGUACUCGAGAUUUCCAUUGUCAGUUAUUUAAAUUAACAAUUUAGUGCAAAAAAUCGAUUUUUUUUGGUUUUUUGAUUAAAGUAAAAAUAAUGAAACAAUGCGAAUGUUUCCACAAUAGACGAAAUAGAGAACUAACGAAGAAAAUGAGACGCGAAAAAAAAUCGUAUUUGUCUCUCCGCCACUGUGAGAAACCCGUGAGGGCGAGAGUCAACUAAAAAUUUGUCGACUCCAAAUAACCAUUGAAAUGUUGAUUAAUAAAAAAUUGAUUUUUAUUAAAUUAGAUCGAUUACUAAAUGAAAAAUUGAUUUUUGACGGAAUUCUUCCAUCAUAUUUGACGACGGAAAAAAUAAUUUUAUCGCGAGCUUUUAUCAACAAAGUUUCCGUUCCUAGAAAACAAAUUUAUUAUUCACUAAAAAAUGCAAAACAUUUAAUGAUUGUUCUAUUAUCGAGUAACGAGAUUAGCUGGAGUUUUCGAAAAAAGUUUCGAGAAAAUUUUAAUCUCGUUUUAUCGGCCCGAAGUUUUGGAACUCACCCGCGCUAUCAGUGUUUUUUCAAGGCCGAGUGCGAGUCCUCGAGCUUUUCCGCACGUCCAUAUAAACAUGAGCACGAGCAUUUCUGAAGAAAAUGCACAUUUUGCGAGCUCCAAUUGGACCGGGUUUUGGACGUUUGACGUGGGUGGGGGUUGAUAAAAACCGAAAGUUCGAGAAACCUGCCGAAAAGUAUAAAAAGCCGAAAAUAUUUUCAUCGUAAAUUCACUGCAAGUGUGUUCCCCAGAUAGCUUUUCAGAUUCAGUUUCUUCGUCGAUCGUCAACAAAUUGAAGCUGCAAUUUCAAAAUGGAGAUUCGACUAUCAAACUUGGAGAGGCGAGUGUUCACGGCCAUCUUCUUGAGCAUCACUUUCGUUUUACUAUUCGUCUGCCUCCUCUCUUUGGCCAACUCCUUGUUCAAGCUAUGGGAUGCUACUGACUCGUAUAAAUCGUACAAUGAGGCGGUCAUUUAUGAGUCGAAUCCGGGAGCUGAUUCUACUGAUCCGAAUACAACAACAGAAGUGCAAGCUCCGAAAGAAAAAACCAGAGAAAGAUCAAGACGCCAUGCUAACUAUCAUGCAAGGAUUCGUGGCACAUGGGCCAAUGUUGAGGAUGUUCUCAAAAGCCUGAAGGAGCAGGGCAAGAGUUUAUACUUCAUGGCUAUUCCAAUAUAACCAAUGCUUGACACGUGGCAUCGCAUUGGAUUUGAAGAGCAUUUAUAUUCAGAUAAUCAUUUUUAAUUUUUAUGCUCAUGCGAUGGGAACGAAUCUCAGCAAUUUUCAAUUCUUUAUAUCCUAAUUAAAAAAAAAAAAAUGUCGAAUUUCAGAUGUUUUUAGCCUUCAACGUUAUUAACCACUAAUCCGAGUUAUUACUAACCCUUGAGCAGUGAGAUCUGUGCUUAGAAUAAAGCGAAUUGUACGCACCAAUGUAAAAUCUUUGACAAAGUCAUUGAAUAAAUAUCUUCAAAGUGUGA